AUGACCAGUAACUUGAGAGAGAUGGAUCCCGGUGAGACCCCUCACACACUGCAGCCAGAAAUAAAGGCCAGUCCCGAGGCUGAUGGACCCGAUCGGAAGGUUUCCAGGGUGAAGGGAAGGAAAAGGAAGGUCCGAGAAAAUGAUGAGGGACAAGCAGGAAAGACAAAGAGAGAAGCUGACCAGGAGUCUGCGUCCUGCCCGGUGGACGUGGCCCCCACUAAAGCUAAAGUGAGAGGCAGGAGGAAGAUAGCUUCUGGAGUGAGGACAGGAAAGAAAAGGACGAGGGUCCCAGGAGAUCGCAAAAGAGCUAAGUUUGUGAAAAAAUACUGGCAGCUGGAUCACAUUGGCCGCGGAGGUUUCGGAUCCGUGUAUGCUGGCUUCCGUAAAGCAGAUUGGGUGCCAGUGGCCAUCAAGCACGUAGAGGAUAGAAUGCUCCCCAAACCAGUGAGCUUAAAUGGGAAGGAGCUCCCCAAAGAGGUGGCCAUAAUGAUGAAACUAGCAGCUGAAAAAGAUGACUCUGCAGGGAUGUCUGCUCCGAUAGAAUUACUGGAGUGGUAUGACCUGGGCAACGAGUUGAUACUGGUGCUGGAGAAACCUUUCGAUUCCAAGGACCUUCACGAUUACGUAGUUGAACAUGGGUCUGUACCGGAGUGGAAGGCAAAGCUCCUGAUGAAACAACUGGUGGAUGCUGCUAUUGGGCUGGAGAAGAGGCAAAUCUUUCACCGCGACAUCAAACUCGAGAACAUCCUGAUUGAUGAAGGAUCUAGUGUCCCCGGGGUUCGCCUCAUUGACUUUGGUGUGAGCGAAAUUGCAGAACAAGACACAAUAUUCACCGUAAACUGUGGCACUGAAGAUCACCAACCUCCAGAGUGCUUCUUCCAAUCCUGCCACUCGCCUGGUCCAACCACAGUGUAUCAACUCGGCAUUGUCCUCUAUGAAAUGCUCCAUGGGGCAGCAUUUUCUACUGAAGAAUAUCUCCAAAGGAAACUGAACAUGUCCUCUAAGCUGUCCGAAGAGUGCCAAGAUUUCCUUCGAGCGUGUUGGAGGAAAGAACCCGCGCUGCGCUCCACCCUGACGGAGCUCCAGCUUCACCCAUGGCUGAUAUGA